AUGCGUUCAGCGAGGCCAUCGUCUUCAUCGCGCGGUUCCAACAUCUCAACAACUAACGGCUUCGGACUUCUGCAAUGUGUUUUCAAAAAUUUAUUAACCAAUAACAUAUAUUUUUUCAAACCAGAAAUACAUAACUUCGAAAUCUUCUCUCGACUACUUGAGUCGACAAUAUUAAACGAUAUAUCAAGGCCGUGA